UAGGUCCCACGAGAGUCGGCAGAUCUCACGAGAGUUGGAUGAACGGCGGUUGGUGUGGAUCGCGGACAAUGCCCCGCACAGUGGAGUGCGGCCGGUCCACAGGAGGUAGGGCAAUGCAGCACCCCCGCUACCGGCCGCCGGUCCGGGUCUUGGCCGAGAGGAACCAGGCUGUGGUACCAGUGGGAGCCUGGGUGGAGUGUGCCCGGGACUGGCCCGAUGACCAGAAUCCGGCUUUUAUUUCAGCUCUUGAAGUGGAUGAGCAACUAAAAGAAAUCCAUAGAGAAAAGCUGGAGAAUUUGAAGCGUUUUCAAGAAGAGGUGAAGCAUCGAGUGAACAAGUAUACUCGAUUACGCAAAAAACAGCAACAACAGCGAUCUUAUGAAGCAGUUGAAAGGGAUGAUCGUGUGAUAAAGCAAUCUUCUGCUUCAGUUGAAGAUCUCACUCCAAAUAAAAACACAUGCAUAUUUCGUGGUAAUAAUUCAGAAUUUGCCAUUUUUAGUCCAAGCUCUAGAUGGGUGUGUGUUCGGAAUCUGGGCAUUGAUAAGCAAGAAGGCAGUGAUGUUUUCAGUGAUCAAGCUCAGAAGCUUAGUAAAGUGACAAAACAGGCUCGGCGUAGGCUUGCAUCAUGUCAAACUGUAUCAGAAGAGGACUUGUGCUCAACACUUCCAGGAGGAAUUUGGAGGGUGUCACCAAUAAGAGAUAACUUAGUAUCCCGAAAAGAGAGACAACUAGAUGCUACAGGAGAUUUCAUGUGUUCAGAAGGUCAACAAGACCUGCCUGCUGAAUUGCAGGUACAGUCUCAGAAAUUGAUGGAUCGAAAACAUGUUACUUUCCAGUCAGAGCUGCAGCAUCCCAAGAACCCAGUUGCCCAAACAGAGGCGCAUCUGAACAUGGCAGGAGAGUUUGUGUGUUUGGAAGACCAGCAUGACCUACCUGUAGAGUUGCAGGAGCAGUCUCAGAAAUUGUUGGAUGGGAAACAUAUUAGUUUCCAGCCAGAGCUGCAACAUGAAAGGCCCUGUAGUCGACUUUAUUGUGAGCCCUACCCUUCAAGUUCCUGUGUAGGGUUUAGUACUGACUAUAAGGCAGCACUGAUCUUGAGACCUGGUGUGGACCAGGAAGAGAAAAAGAAGCAGCGUGGUAACCAGUAUUUGAUGUACCGUCGCCUCUUCAUGGAUAUUGAACGAGAGCAGGUGAAAGAACAUCAGCGUCAGCGAGAGCAUGAGAAGAGGAUUGCUAAAAUUAAGGAAGAGAAGGAGAAGCUAAGGGAAGCAGAAGAGAAAAGAAUGCUUAAGCUGACUCAGCAGAGUGAGCUAAUGGGUGAAAGUGAAAAGAUUGCUCAGUUGAAGGAAGAAGAGAAACAAAAGAAAACUGAACAAGUCAAAGCCCAACGCAACAGGGAGAGCACCAGAUAUAUAGAAGCCUUAAGAGUACAGAUGAUGGAGAAGAUUAAAUUGCAGAACACAGAUCUACCUCCACUCUGUUGCUGUGGAACCGAUUUCUGGGACUCCCAUCCAGACAAGUGUGCAAACAACUGCGUCUUCUAUAAAAACCCGAAAGUGUAUGUCAAAGCACUACAGUCUGUAUUAUCUUCAUUCGAUGCUUGGGAUGGACACUGUAGAAAUACCUCAAUGAAGAAGAUUGCAUCAGUGCAUUUGUGUUCGGCGUGGAAAUAAUUCAUCUGCAGUGGGACGCUAAAUUCACUUUAGCAAUUAAUCUUCUCAAAAAUGAGUCUAUAUGAAGAUGUGUUCAGAAAAUGUGUGUCUUUUUUUAAAAAUAACAAUUGGUUCAUAAAUUAUUUUGCUGCUUUUAUUUAAUUGUAUGAGAAAUUGAGUUUUAAAAAUUUUUAAUCAUUUUUCUGAAAAUUUCAAUUGAAGAUGUAAUGUUUGGUUACGUUGAAAAUAUAUCUCAAGACAAUUUUUAAGAAAAAGAAUGGUGAUUUCUAAAUUGUCUAAUUCUAGGAAAGGAUAGUUUAACUACCAAAUGCAAGAAUCAUUAUUUGACAACUUACAAUUGCGUACCUUUUCAAUUCACUUUUUUUUUAUUGCUUUUAUUUUGCGUUCUUACUUGGUUUUCUAAAUCUAGCCCCUUGUGGGGAGAUGUCUAAAUUUAAGAAUGUUAUCAAUCUGCUAAAACCCUAUUGUCCCCAGAUGAAUGUCGUCAUUUACAGAAUGUUCUCCACUAAAUGCCACUCUAAUUAUUUUGCUGGGGAGAACAUGAUUGAGAGAGAGAGAGGUCAGGUGAUGUGAUACAGCCUUUUAAGUACAUGGCAAUUAUCAUCAACCUGCAAUUUCCCCCCUCCAGGUUUAUAAAGACUUUUAAGUUUACGUCUGCACUGGAAACUUAUAGAAGGUCCUUGUCAGUAACAGUUAGAUAUCUGCUAGUUGUGAGGGACAUUGGCUGUAAAGGUGUUUUCUGUCCUUUGAGAACAUAUAACAAAGUUGAUCAUUGCUCAGGCUUUAUGGAGCAACAAUACCUUAUCAAUUAUUGGGUAUGUAUUUUAAAUUAAUGGUGUGAAAUCUUUAAAUUUGAUUUAAACAAAUCAAACAUAACCUAGGACAAUUUAAACUGGCCAAUUUUUUUGUGUGAUGCUAUAUUUGUUUCAUUUGCUUUUGUUUUAUUUAUAUUUGUUUUUUAAAGGCCAAGUUGACCAGUUAUGUUGAAAUACUCUUUUCCUGGAGUUUAUUGGUCUCAUCAAUAAACAAGCAGGUUAAUUUCAGGAAAGAGUAAAUUUAUAUUUAGAUUUGUAUUGCUGGUGUCAUUCUGUGAACUUGCUGUUUACAUAUUGAUGCAACAUAUUGGCCAAUAAAAUAAUUUUUAGAACA